CUUGCCUCCUUUCUUCUUGGCUGCCACAGAUCCUUCAGCUCUGUAUCGGCAACCACGACCUGUUCAUGAGGAGACGGAAGGCCGAUUCCCUCGAAGUCCAGCAAAUGAAAGCCCAGGCCAGGGAGGAGAAAGCCAGGAAGCAGAUGGAGCGCCAGCGUUUAGCCCGAGAGAAGCAGAUGAGAGAAGAGGCCGAACGCACAAGAGAUGAGAUGGAGAGGAGACUUUUGCAGCUGAAAGAGGAGGCCACAAUGGCAAAUGAAGCUCUGAUGAGAUCGGAAGAAACCGCCGACUUGCUGGCUGAAAAAGCUCAGAUCACCGAAGAGGAAGCCAAACUCCUGGCUCAAAAGGCAGCCGAGGCGGAGCAGGAAAUGCAACGGAUCAAAGCCACGGCGAUCCGGACAGAGGAAGAGAAGCGGUUGAUGGAACAAAAAGUGUUGGAGGCCGAGAUGUUGGCGCUGAAAAUGGCGGAGGAGUCUGAACGAAG